ACAUUUAAGAUGAUGCAUUUAGUUCUUGAUCAAUUUGUUAAUAAGCCAGAUAACUCUGCAUAUCGUUCAAAGACAGAAAAAAAUCCAACAUUGACAUCAUUUACCAGAAGACAUGGCUUCUUCAAUCCUCUUUAUGACUACACUCAGAUUGUCUCCUUUUUCCAAAGCUUUGACGGCAGCCCGAUGGGCACCUGGGCUACGGAGAGUGGAGGUUCUAGAAGUACACUGAUGCUCCUGAAUAGGUUUUCAUCAUUCUCUCCUCCCUCAGCCUCACCAUAUACAAGAGCUUCAGCCGCAAUUCCAGCAAAAAGCACCAUGCAGUAUCUAAAAAUGUACAGCAUAUGA